UACAACUUUGUGAAGAAGAAAAAGAAAUCUGUCAAAGAUGUCCAAAGCAACUCCGAACGUAUAUGUCAACAAUAUUUUCGGAGAAGACGAUGGUGAAGACUAUGAAGACUGCUUUAGUCCUGAGGAACAAUCCGAUUACGAGGACGUGAACCCGAUUCCUAAAAGUAGCCCUCUUAAACUGAACCCGAUUCCUAAAAGUAGUCCUCUUAAACUGAACCCGAUUCCUAAAAGUAGCCCUCUUAAGACCAACGUUAUUAUUGCACACAAUAUAACCAACAAUCAGUCCAUACAAGAUAAACCACGGAGUCAAAAGAAGCAAGUUCCAUGGCGUUUGAUAUCCUUAAUUUGUUUCUUUCUGACCAUCAUUAUCGUAUCCAAUGUGGUGACCUUCGUAACAACACAAAACAAGUUCUUGGAAAAGAAAACAAAGCAAUUAUUAUGCAGUUCACUCCCUUGUUUGAAUGGAGGCUUGUGUGUAAAUGAUGAGGAACAAUACUAUUGUAGCUGUACUCGAGGUUUCUCCGGGAAAAACUGUGAAGUGACACCUUGUACCAGAUUUAACUGUUUAAACGGAGGUUCAUGUGAAGUGUUGAAUGGCACGUUUCACUGCUUAUGCAAGUCCGGCUUUACAGGGAUGUUUUGUGAAGAACCGAAGCCAUGCCUAUCAAACCCCUGUUUUCAUUCUGCUUCCUGUGCUGGUUCAGACAACAAUUACACAUGCUAUUGUCCAAUUGGAACUGAAGGCAAUCGUUGUCAAGAUGAAUUUUAUGAAACGAUAACAUCCCCUGGAUAUCCGUUACACUAUGGAAAUUCCAUUCAAACAGCAUGGAAUAUUGAUGUUGGUUUUGGAAACACUAUCAGAAUUAAGUUUACUCUUUUUGCAUUAGAGAAUAACGCUGAUUAUUUUAAGGUAUGGUAAUUUCACAUUCCACUGUUUAUAAAAGACUCAUAAGACGAAAAUAAACCGACA